AUGGAUAUUUUAUUUUAUAAAGUAUUUAGAAAUUUAUAUAUAAAAAAUAUUAUUUUUAAAAUAUUAAGAUUAUAUAAAAAUUAUAGUAAAAAGUAUAAUGUUUUUAAAAAUGUUGAACAAUAUAAGUUAUUUAAAGAUAAAGAAUAUUUGGUAAAAAUGGAAUGGGAUAUGAAUAUAGAGAUACCAAUAAAUUUAAUACCAGAUAAUACAAUUAAAUAUUUAAAAUUUGGUAAAUACUUUAAUCAACCCAUCAAAUCAUUACCAAUUGGCGUUGAAUUAAUUGAUCUUAAAUAUUCAUUAAACUUUAAUCAAAAUCAAUUUCAAAUACCAAUAACUUUAAAAACUUUAAUUUUAAAUAGAGAUUUCAAUCAAAAUUUUACAAAAUUAUCAAAUAAUAAUAAUGAUGAUGAUAAUAAUAAUUUAUCAUUAAAUAAAGUUGAAAAUAUUUCAUUUGGUAGAGAUUAUGAUUGUUUAAUUGAUGAGACAAUAUUUUCAAAAUCAAUUACUUCAAUAAAGUUGUCAGAUUCAUUUUGUCAGGAAUUGGAUGAUAGGACAUUACCAAAGACAUUGACAUUUUUAGAAUUUGGUUGGACAUUUAAUGGUUAUUUAAAGAUUGGUGAUUUGGAUGGGUUGUCGAAAUUAAGGGUUUUAAAAUUUGGUGUUUCAUUUAAUACUGAAAUUCAAUGUAAUGUUUUACCAAAUUCAAUUGAAAAAAUAACAUUUGGAUCAUCUUUUAAUCAAGUUAUAUUGCCGAAUUCAUUACCUAGAAAUUUAAGGAUUUUAAAAUUUGGUUCAUCAUUUAAUCAACCAAUUUUCCCACCACCAUCUUCACUAUCAUCAGAAUCAUUACCAAAUUUAUUAAAAUUAAAAUUUGAUUCAUCAUUUAAUCAACCAAUUUUACCAUCUUCACUUUCAAAUUCAAUAACAAGAUUAGAAUUUAGAUCAACACAUUUUAAUCAACAAUUAUCAAUUUCAUCAUUACCUAAAAAUUUAAAAUAUUUAGGUAUUUUUAUAAAUAAUUAUUCAACAAUUAUUGAAGAUAAUGAUAAUAAUAAUAAUAGUGAAUUUUUAAAAAUAAUAAAUAUAUUAAAUUAA